UAGUAGAGAAUCUCUUUCUCUUUCUCUUCCUCAUACUCUCUCCCUUUAAAGAAAAACAAAGGACCAACCCUUUCUUCCUUCUUUUCUUCUUCUUGUCUCUCUGAAAAACCAUGGAGAUCCCGCAAAAGUUGCUCAAGUUCAAGUACCCCAUUAUCUUUUCCCUCACCCUUUCACUCACCCUUUCUUCCAUCGUUAUUUUGGCACCUUCUUUCCUCACCAUUUUGACCUACUUCUGGCCGCUCUUCCUCUCCACCGCCCUCUUCCUUGUAGCUGUCGUCUUCUUCGGCAAGACCUCUGCUCACACCGGCUCUGACUCUCCGGCGGACAAGCCCGGUGAAGGCCUCCUUGACUAUGUUGCUGGCCAACCGGAGCUCACCGUUGACAGUUACAAGUCUGAGUAGAAACUUUUCUCUAUGUCAUAGUGUAAUCUCUAACUCUCUCUCUCUCUCUCUUGCUGUAACUUUCCUUUUGCUUUCGCCUUUUGUUCUAUCUGAACUGUACAUUUUGGGAGGAAGAACAGUAAUAAUAAUAAUAAUAAUUACUAGUUACUGUUAUUUUUUUCACUGUU